UCAUCACAAUGCAAUGCGGCUUCAGUAGGUAGAUACAUGCAUAGGCAGGUAUUAUGCGCUAGAGAAUUAUGCCCGCCCGCCUGCCUCCUUGCCUUGUCCGCACCGCACCGCAUUCAGAACGGCGAUGCUCGAGCCAAAGCCAAAGCCUUAUGUGAAAGCACGUGUCCAACAAGAUCCAAUCAAGCCACCUCUGCUGCCGCCUGAUCUGAUCCCAGUGUCUCGUCCGUAUGCUCACGAUAGUUCAGCUAAUGCAUCUCGUGGUUUUGACUACGGCCCACCGGACUACACGCACCCUAUAUGGAGGCUUUAUUCAAGCAAAGUCUCCGACUGGAUAUGAGUGGCAAAAUCGAGCGGGAUUGUGCCCUUCGAUGUUGACGGCCAGGGUAGCCACGCCAGCCAGCGGUUCCUCCCCAUGCACGUUUGUGUGUAUCUCGGCCUGCAUCUAUCUGGCUGCUGGCGGGGUGCAUUGGGAAAUCCAAAGCAGAUCUGAGACGGCCGUUUGGUUCGGAGAGAUCCAAGGGUACCUGGGUGCUUGCUUGCAUGCUUGCGUGCGCAGCCCCAAACGUACCGGCGAUCGCGGGCUGAAAUGUGCGGUGCACUGUGCUUUCCGAACCUAACCGUUGGUACAUAAUCUACUAAUAUCACUUUCCGCAGCCUGCACGUUAAUGCGUGCGAACCGAUGGAAGAUUCCAUCUGCGUAUGUAAAGCGAGACGAGGGAGGGGGAGG